AUGUCUUCUCCAGCCGUGUAUGUUUCGAACAAUGAAGGAAUCCCUAUUCCCAGAGGGGAUGAAGUCUUCACCCAAAGGGGAGACAAAUUUGGUCCGCAUUUCAGAUCUCAGUCGACCUCUGCUUCCCUUGGCGCUCUUCGCCGCCUUUGUAACAUCCCCCAGGAAAUUGAAUUCUCUCUUCCUAGACCCAACGAGUCUCCGAAAGUGGUGCGAGAGGGUUAUUGUUGUGCGUACGAAGUCUAUUUCAAAGGUUGUGGUUUGUUUUUUCCCAUACCGGAAGUUCUUCUUUUAUACCUCCUCCACCUAGGGAUUGCCUUUCCCCAAAUGGCUCCCAACUUUCUUCGAUACGUUCUGAGCACCCUGACUGUUUCGGCAGAAGCAGGGUCUUCCCUCUCUACCAGCGAACUCUUAGGGCUAUUUCGAGCCCGUGAAUCCGCAGCAACGGGUAUUUUUUCUAUAAACCCUAUCCUUGACCGUAACCUGAUCGACGGAAUGCCCUCGAAUGAUGGGCCUUGGAAGAAAUACUGGUUCUUUUUCCGAGUCAAUCCCCAUUCCGUUCAAGGUCUUUCAAGUCUUCUUCUUGCCAAUUGGACGGGGAACCAGACGAUCCCCCACCCAACCGUUGACUUCUUGUCCUUCUUUCGAAUCGUUUCCGAGGGUGAAACAAAUUGGAAUUCCUUCACCCUUCAACGCAUUCAUAAAGCGGGGCUCGCCAUUAAAGAUGGUCAGACUCAUCCCCUCGAUCCUCCUCCCGAGGAGAAAGACGUCUCGAGCCUGAAUGCUCGAGAUAAAAGAAAGAUGCAGGCUGAAGUCAAGGCUCUUAAGGAUCAGCUAUCCGAAAUUGGAAAAAAGAAACGGAUAGCUGCAAUCUCCAGGGUUGGUAACUUCCACAGGAAGACCCUUUUGGUUGAUGAUGGUUCGUUAGAAGCAGGCCUGUCAGCCGCGGUGGAUACUCAUGGAGCCGAGAUCCUUAACGACCCUGCAGUUGCCACCGCAAUUUGCCCUCCCGAACCAGGGUGUGAGGGAGAAAUAACCUCCUCUCCUCGUACAAAGAGGAAGGCUCCUGAUUCCGAUAAUCCAUCAAACGAGAGACUUAAAACCGUGAGAUUAAGUUCUCCGCCACGAGUCUCUAGCCCUCUACGUUCUGUUUCUCCCUCUUCAGAACCUUUUAACUCCGAGCUCCCUCUUCCGGGAGACAGAGUAAUUUCAGAGGAAAUAGAUGAGCCGAGACCGGAGGCUCCCCUAUCUCAAGGAUUGAGUGUUAGGACUCAAAAUCCUUUACCCGCUUCUAUUUCAGGUAAAAGCUUCUCAUCUAAACGACACGUUAAGAAGAAUACGGCUUUGUUCGAAGAAGCAAAUCAAGAGAUCGAGCUUUUAACUAGGAACAGGGCUCAUGAUAUCGCUGAGGCCGAACAUAAUGCUGGAGAAGAGAUGAGGGGAUUCGGUAUGCAACUUAUCCAAUCUGUCACAAAGUUAUUCAAGGACGAAGAGGUCUGGACUAAAUUUCUAACAGAUCGAGCCGAGCUAAAGAGCAAUUUUGACCUGAUUAAGGAACUAGAGUCUGGGAGAUUUUUGUUUGAGAACGAGAGGAGCGAAGUUGCUGCCGAACUCGCUAUGGUUGAGUCCGAGCUAUCCUCGGCUUCCCGUCCUACUCUCGAUCUGAAACAAUUUUCUUUGGUAUUUGGAGAUUCCCCAUCUCAAUUUGAGGUAGGUGAAGGUUCUCGGCCACAUGAGGGUUCUCCAGAGGUGUAG